UUUGAUUAUGUAAUCAUUGGAUGGUUCCUCAAGAGGUAAAAACUUAAUACUACUAAGACAUCAUCAAUUCGAUCGAUUCUGCCAAUAAAAUCACAGCCAAAUAGUUUAUGAAGCAAACCUACACUGAUACCGAGGCGAGAAUCAAAAUUAAUAAAUUGCAGGAUAUACCUCCAGAGGAAACAUAGAAUCAAUCCCAAAUAGAUUAACCAGGAAAGCUAAUUACUAUAAAGUCCACGCUUGCUAUUAAUGCCCUCAAAGAGAAAUCCCUAUUUCAAGUAAAACCACAAUAUGGAUUAUUGAUAGAUCAUUAUCGAAUCAUUCCUCUAUGGUUUUGCCAAUUUCCCCCUACUCUAUUACAUAAUAUUGCUCACCGCCUCAAUUCAAUACGAAGUCAUCGGUUUUUAUAAUCAAUUAUACAUGGGAUUGUAAAUAGUCUUCUGCUUUUGCAUAUCAUUUUAUGAUACCUUCAUGAAUAAAAUUAAUCUUUAUAGAUCAAUAGAGCAAGCCGAUCAACAACAAAUAUUUGCCUACAUAGAAGAUGAAUUCAGAGAAUGCAGCAUCGGUCAAUUAUAACCUGGACACUUGAUUAAACUCCUCCCGAGACAAAAAUGCCCUACAGAUGGUAUAAUAGUGGGAACUACUGGAGUAUCUGAAAACAUACCACUACUUGAAAUUGGAGGAUAGACAAUAACACGCAGAGCAGGGGUUGCAAACUUCUGUGUUGGAAGACAACUUGAGGGCAAAUUAGAAUUUGAUUCUGAAGAGAAAAAGGUUAGAGUCAUUAUGAAGAUGGAAACUAACUAAUUUUGUCUGGAUUUCUAGUAUGUUAAUAUAAACUUAUUUAUAGACAAUAAAAUAAAAUUAGAAUUUUAUAAGCCAAUAAUUCAUUCGAUGAACUCUUUAUUCUAGUGACUGGUUAAACAAUGAAAGAACAAAAAGAAGAGCAGAGUUCUGCCUAUGAGAAAACAAAAAUUAAUCCAAAAUUGGGAUUCUCCUUGCACAUUCAAAACAUUAUUGUUAUUAUGUUUACCCUUCUAUUAUGCGUCACCUUAUUGGCAGGCCACUUCAUUCAAACUAAAUAUUUAUACUUGGAUGAUAAACUAAGUGAAGGAUAUAUGAAAACCUAUUUGUAAAUUUUGUGCACCUUCAGUUGGGGAAUCCCCAUCAUGUAGAUUCCUCUCGUCUUGAUAAUCAAUAGGAUUUCCAAAUUCUAAGCUGAGCACGAUCGUCUUAUCGAGUAAAAGCAAUUCAUUUAAUUUUCAUAGUGUUGAUAUUUCUGGUAAGAGAGUCGAGAUUUCUAACAGCAAUGCAUUAGCCAACAUGGGCAGAGCCAAAUAUAUCCUAACUGAUCUAAAUCUACUAACCAGAUAAACUUUGGUAGUAAAUAACAUCUUAUUAAAUAAAUAAUCUGAUGAAAUCAACCUCAACGAUCUGGUUACAGUCACACCUAUUGAAGACAUUGAUGAUUUUAACUUUUGCUAAUAAGAAGCAAAAUUUGCACUUUUGUCUUUUUAAACUAGCAAAAAAAGUGAGGAAGAUAUUGCAACACAAAAACGAAUCCUUGAUUACGGUCUAUCAAUUGGAAUCAAUGGAAACUUAAGGAUAAUCUAAGAUUAAGAGUAAAAUCAGUAGUAUUUCAAAACAAAGUUUGAAGUAGUCACCUCAAAAUAUUUCCUAAUUGGAUAUGAAUAAAUUCUAAAAGAAGUAAUUUUGCUAUCAAUAUAUAAUUUUAGGAUAAUAAAUAAUAUCUAAUUGUCUUUAGAUCAAAAUUUACAGAUUGCAAAGAGCUAUUAUCAUCUGAAAUAUAAUUAUAGAUUACUAGUUUAUUGGAUGCUAAAGACAAUCUUAAUCAAAUGAAUAUUAUUUUUAGAAAGAUUGUUUCUAUGUAGUAUUUAGACAAAAUAACAAAUAUGGUUAAUUAACACAAAAAAAUUGAUGAUGAGACAUUAAAACAAAUAAAAUCUGAUGUAGAACCUGUUUUAUUUAUUGAAAUCAUUGAGGACUUUUAUGACUGUUCUCAAGAAAUCAUGGAUAUUAGACAAUGCCAAUAUAAGAUUUGGAUUAAUUCUCACAUCAAAGAUGUAAUUGAUUCUAGUAUUUGCUUAGCCAUAAGUCUUAGAGAGUGACCCAACUAUGGUGGGACUAUUUGAACAAACUACUCCUUAGAUUAUGAUUUGUCAAAAUGGAGACGAACUUCAAGUUGCUCUUGAUUAAGUAGAGAAAAACAGUGUAUAUACAUUUUAGUAUUUUAGUAAAUCAAAAAUUUUGGUAAAGAACUUAACAUAUUUAUUAAUGAAAGACCUGUUUUACUCAUCAUAGAUGAUACAACUUUAUAGAUUGGGCUUAAGAAUCAAUUACUAAAUGAGAAAUUUAGAAAUUUCUUUCUAAAAAUUCCUCUUGUUCUAAUACUCAGUUCUAAACCUCAUCUGAACUAUUUGCUCUCAUCAAUCAUCAAAUCACACGAAUUAAUUUGCAUUACUAAUUACAUCACUUCAACGCCAUCAAUGUAGAUUUGUUUAGAAAAUCAAACAGAAACAGCAUUUGAUAUAAAAAUGCCUACUUUUAGUUUCUUACCAAAAAUUCUAAUUAUACAUGGAAGAUUAAAUAAUAUUCGACAGGGCUCAGCAAUCUCGCUGAUCAAUUAUUUAUCUUUUAUCUUGUUUUUUAUUUAAUUUGUUUAUGCGUGUUACAACAGAUUUUCCUAAAACUAUCUAUUAAAUGAAUUUAUACUCUUUAUAAUGAUGCUUUUUACUAUUUGCUAUAUUUUCAUAUUCUUUAGCAUGGCAUAGGUAUUAAAUUACUCAACAAUUAUAGGAUUUCCCUUUUGAAAUUCUGAGAAGCCAACCAGUGUAUCAUCUGAUGGUGAGAACUCCAAAGAACCCCUAUAAAAUAUUACUCACUCAAUUCUUCUAAGGGGGUAUUCACGGAACUUUUAUUGUCAUAUCCGUAAUUUACACCUUUUAUGGUUCCAAUGAUUAAAAUGGAUAUGUACAUGGCUAUUAACUACAAUAAUUUAUGACUUUUACUAUAGGUUUAUUGGUGAUGGCUUUUAAGCCUAUAAUUGAUUAAUAUAAAAUUGUGAAAUCAUAGAUGUAAAUAGAUUCUUCAAUAUGUAGAUACCUAGCAAUGGCAUAUAUCUUUGUUACAGUGAUGAUCAUCUAUAAGAAUAACGAAGAGAUGAUGGAUUUAUUUGAGACUGGAGUAAAAACUAAAGAUUUAUGUGCUCUUGUGUUUUAUCCCAUAUGUGCUUUGAGUCCAAAUUUGAUCGGAUAAUUCAUCCAACGAUUAUUGUCGACAAACAAUCUAAAUUCAUGCCUUUACAAGAUGGAAUAAAAAGUAAAUCUAUAAAUUCUUAUAUAAAUAGCACGAAGAAGAUUCCGAGAAUCAGAAAUUAAGGGAUGCUAAAAAUUAUAUCAGACUAUAUUAAAAAGAGGAGCUAGAAUAAUAAGAAGACAUUGUAAAUUCCAAGAAAGUCCUGUGAGU